AGCUAUUGGUCGUGUUGUCGCUUUUGUCGGAAAAACAGCAGCACGUAGCGCUGAGCAGAGGAGAUCCACUACGUAAAGCGGUCGAGACGUAACGCCAUGCGAUCGGUGAUAACGGUAAAACACUCAAAACGAAGCGUUACCGCUUAUAGUGCAGUGCAGAGAGGAUCCACCAAGGAUACAUCCCGAUUGUAAAAAAUAUACGAUGUGUAGAUUAAAGUAUAAAAAUCCAAUUCCUAACUGUGUGAACUCCUCACUUCCAUCCUAGACAGAAAAAAAGGAAUCAGAAACUAUCCCCAAAACUUCAACCUUCCUAUAGACAAUAAAUCCAUCCAACUUUGCUGUAAAUCUCCAGUAAAAUAUAAUCCAUUUGCUUACACAAAUCAAAUCACAAAUUGCCAAGGAAUGUAAUGGACUACGCCCCAUAGAUGUUGCUAUAUUAAAAACACUCACACACCCAGGUGCAGCAAGAGAGAUGCAUAUCUAUGGCCUAUAUAUACCAGAGAUCGGUGCUAAAUCAAUGAUAACUACCCGCUUAGAUCCAAUUAAUGCAAAUUGUGACAGCGCGUAAGUGCAAAGUGAGCCGAGCUGCACGGAAAUCAACAACAAACGCCACUGAGACGUGUGUACAGGCUGAUGAUUAUGGGCAGACAUUAAACAGACAAUCCAUAAUGAAAUUAUAAAAUUGACAAGAUUAUAGCCCGGCCCGAGCGAUCGUCGAGAGGAAACUGCAACGACUGGGAAGUGCCGAGAGAUUGGACCGAAGCGGCUUGGCCGGGGAUCGAUGUCAACUCUGGGGAGAACUGCUCGCCAAUUAAACCUAAUUAAAUGGAGAAAUAUAAUAAAAAAGUAAUUCUACACAAAUUGUAUCAUAAAUCAGACCAGGCUGGCCAGCGCGAGUGAUUGUAAAAAGUGUAAAAAUAUCAGUAAAACAUACCUAUAUCUCAAAGUGGCAACUUCCCUCGUAUAUACGUACAACUAAAGCUCCUAAUACCAUAAAUCUAAAAGUGUUACAUAAAAUAAAUUAUUAAAUAUACUUAAUCAAAAUCUUUCAUCUUCGAUUACUAGUUAACUACGAAGAAAAUAUUGCCAGCUAGACAAUAUUUGUAAGCAAUUGUAAAAAGCCUAAUUCCUGAAAACAAAAUAAACAUAAGAAACAAUCUUAAGUUAUAAAAUAAAAUCCCAACCAUCCUUUAACAUUUUAAACAAAUAAAAACGCCCGUAAAUUCUCCUAAGACUUUCCUUGAAAUACAACCGCAACUUCAAUUCCCACGCGCCGUCGGCUACCCUAACUGGAUAUAUGCAGUGUAUCUUAUAGCUUCGCCCGAUCACAGGAUGCCUUACGCGCCACGGCAGCAGCAACAAGAGUCAGCUGAAACAACAACUGUGGCCACCAGAAGAUCAAAUUUGUAUAGCAGCCAAUGCCAGACGAGUUAUCAACAUCCGUGAGGCCGAGAGAGGAAAAAAAUCGCUGCAAUAGCCGAACGGUGCUCAAAUGGUGAUUUCUUCCUGCCAGCGGCCAGCGGAUAUCCGUGCGGAUUUUAUACCAACAGCAGCAAAGGCAGCGGCUGUAGCCUCAAACACAACAACGAGUUGUGCAAUUAGAGCAGAGCUGCUCAAUAAACUAGAAGAGGCUGGCAAAUUGAUGCUACCAAAGCGACCAGAAAAAUCAAACAUGUAUAUAACAACUGUAAACCGAAGGCAAACUUAAAUCAGAAAUAUUUUGAGCAGGCAGACAAACCUAAAGCCCACAGCCACAAAUUCUAGGCAAUCAAUCGAACGGCCAACCAAUCAAUCAAUCAAAAGGUAAAGCGCUGGAAAACGGAGGAAAAACUCGGUUACGUCCCGUGAGCGACUUAUGAGAGUUAUGAGAGAGAAAGACCACUCACCAAGAAAGAUGCUUCCUAGCCCGAAACAGGGCUGCGUAUACCCUGCCUUAGGAUUAAUACCCACAUCGUAUAUAUCACACGUACCUUAUGACCUGGCCUUCUCGGCGGCGGCAACCUCCUCGUCAUCAUCGUCCUCCUCGCCGACGACGACAACUACAACGACCAGGCUGCAACACCACCAGCAACACCAUCACUCCCACCAGCAACAUCAGACGUUGAAUCACCAUGCCAAGGGCAAGAGAAGAAGCAGUUUCGAUCAGCCGUUGGACCUGCGAUUGGCCCACAAGAGGAAGACGGACUUGGCGGAUCAGGGACCGCUGGAGGAUGAGAACAGCAACCUGAUAAUGUUUGCCAGCGAGCUGGCAGUGGCCCAGCAGAAGGAGAAGGAGCUGAACAACAAUCAUAUAGCUGCCUCGCUGGCCGACCUGGGUUUCGAUAUGAGUCGGAAAAUGCUGAGGGCCUUGAGAGAGGGUGGCGCAGCAGGAGGAGGAGGAGGGGGUGGUCCACCCACCGCGCCGCCCCUAACACCACCGCAAUGUUCGAUUCCCGCCGUGCAUCCCACACUCCUGGAAGCCAUGACCAAGAACUUGCCCCUGCAGUAUCGCAAUGUGUUCGCCGGGGUUCUACCCGGCAAGGUGGCCAGUCCGGCGGCCUCCAGUAGUCCCACGGGAACCGAUUUCCCCUUCAGGCAUCCGCUCAAGAAGUGCGAACUCACCUGGCCUCCGCCCACUGAGCAGUUGCAACUGGAGCUACCCCAUCCCAAUCCCAAGCUGUCGCCGGUUCUGCCGCAUCCGCAACUGCAGGACUACCAGACCCGGAGGAAGAACAAGGCCAGGACAGCUGCAGCGGGGGGCAAUGCCGCCGCUCCGAAUCUGCCGCAACGCAACAAGGAUCGCUAUACCUGCAAGUUUUGCGGCAAGGUCUUCCCGAGAUCGGCGAACCUGACGCGGCACUUGCGGACCCAUACCGGCGAGCAGCCGUACAAGUGCAAAUACUGCGAACGUUCCUUCAGCAUUUCCUCGAAUCUGCAGCGCCACGUGCGGAAUAUCCACAACAAGGAGCGGCCCUUCAAGUGUGAGAUAUGCGAGCGCUGUUUCGGCCAACAGACGAAUCUGGACAGGCACCUCAAGAAGCACGAGUCGGAUGCCGUGUCCCUGAGUGCCUUGUCCGGGGUGAGCGAACGGAUGCACUGCAUCCGAAGGUUCUGCGAGAAUCCCACAGAGGAGUCCUACUUCGAGGAGAUUCGCAGCUUCAUGGGCAAGGUCACGCAGCAGCAGCAGCAGCAACAACAGCAACAGCAGUUGGAGCAGCACGAUCAGCUGCAGCAGCAACAGCAUCAGUCAACAGCAACAUCGGCGGCCAGUUCGUGUUCAUCGUCGCGGGACACGCCCACAUCCUCGCAGGAGGAGGCGGACAACGCGGCGGCCACUUCGACGGCUGAGACGGCAGCGACCUCGUCCAGCAGAGACCAGGAGGAGGAGGACUCGCAGCCCAUUCUGGAGCUGAAGAAGACCCUGACCUCCAAGCUCUUUCCCACAGCAGCAGCGGCGAUCACGCCACCAGCAACAUCCAUCAAGGAAGAGGUACCCUAACUACAGCACAGCAAUUUCUACAAACAAUUUUCCUAUAUCCAGAGCAGCCAGCAGGAGAUCCCUAAACUACGUCUAACAUCUAGCUGAGGAGCAGAUCCCUAAAACUACGUCUAAUGUCUAGCUGUAAAUAAGUAUACCUAAAACCCCUUAAUGUUCUACAAACUGUGUAUAUCGAAUUGUACAAAUCGAGAAUUGGCAGAUCAGUAACUUUACGUAUAAAUACGAGCGAAUGCAUGUGCAUAACUAUUAUUAGAUUCGUCUUAAGCAUUGGUAUUCUUUUGUACAUAUACACGCGUGGCUCGAUGAAAAAUGUAUGAAAAAUAAUGACAAACAAAACACGCGCCCACUGUUUAAAUAAAAAAAGUUACAAGUUUUUG